AUGCCGAUCGUCAAGUUUUUCUAUGGCACCAAUACGCAUGCUGCACAGCAGAUGCGCGGCGACGACGACGGUGAUGGUGGUGGACGACGGGUGUAUCGUAUUGGAUUGCGUUGCGUUCUAAUGAAAUUCGCCAUCGAGCAGGUUUGCCGCUCAACAAUGACAUGGCGACUGCGCACAUUUGUUCAAAUGCAUUUACUCACGAAAACAUGUUUUAGCUCAAGCGCAACACCUGAAGCGUGUGAUCAUCAUGGAUGA